CGCAGAUGGAAGGGAAAAAGAAAGCGGAAGUCUGUAGGAAGACUCUAGAGUAAGGGCAAAGCGGCCGCGUUGAGGUUAAGGAAGUGACGUAAUUGCGUGAGACGGGGAGUGCAGGAGCUUUCCAGAAGCUUGAGAGAGGGGCCCGCAGCUGCACCCUGGUGUGUCAGUGAAUCUCCUACUUGUCUAAUCUCUGCUGCACAAUGGUGGAUUAUAGCGUGUGGGACCACAUUGAAGUUUCUGAUGAUGAAGAUGACACUCAUCCCAACAUUGAUACGGCCAGUCUCUUCCGAUGGCGUCACCAGGCCCGCGUGGAAAGAAUGGAGGAGUUCGACAAGGAGAAAGAGGAGUUAUCGAAAGCCGCCAAUGAUAGUAAGAAGAAGCUGGCGGAGUGUCAGAAAAAGCUGAAUGAGCUGGGCCUUAAAGAUGGAGCGCAAAGUGAGAUACAGAAGCUACAGUCAGACCUGUGUCAGCUGAAGAAAGAGCAAAAGGACUGGGAGAAGAAAGAGAACGAAUUGAGAAAGAAAGAGAAGACUAUGCCUUGGAAUGUAGACACUCUGAGCAAGGAGGGCUUUAGCAAGAGUGUAUUUAAUGUAAAACCUGAAAACAAGCAAGUAACAGAGGAGGAGAAAGAGCAAAAGCACAAAACCUUUGUCGAAAAGAAUGUCAAGCAGCUGAAGCACUUUGGUAUGCUCCACCGCUGGGAUGACAGUCAAAAAUAUUUAUCAGAUAACCCUCAUCUGGUGUGUGAAGAGACUGCCAACUACCUAGUCAUCUGGUGCAUUGAUUUAGAAGUGGAAGAGAAACACGCCCUUAUGGAACAAGUCGCCCAUCAGACUAUUGUUAUGCAGUUUGUUCUGGAACUGGCCAAGAGCUUGAAGGUGGAUCCCAGGGCCUGCUUCCGACAGUUCUUCACCAAAAUCAAGACUGCAGACCAGCAAUAUAUGGACGCCUUUAAUGAUGAAUUGGAAUCCUUCAAGGGCAGAGUUAGGGAGAGAGCCAAGGUUCGAAUAGAGAAGGCAAUGAAGGAGUACGAGGAGGAGGAACGGAAAAAGAGACUUGGUCCGGGAGGGCUGGAUCCUGUGGAGGUUUAUGAAUCUCUUCCACCUGAGCUUCAGAAUUGUUUUGAUACGAAAGACAUUCAGCUGUUACAGGAUACCAUCAGCAAAAUGGACCCUAAUGAAGCAAGAAUUUACAUGAAGCAGUGUAUUGACUCUGGACUUUGGGUUCCGAAUUCAAAGGCAGCAGAUGUUACAGAGUCUGAGGCUCCUGACUCAGAACCUGUAUAUGAAGCUGCUGACCAGCCGGAGACUUCGUAAGACGCCAGAAGUGGCCAAUGGCAUUAGGGAAGCUCCAGUUAAAAAUAGUUGGAAUUAGCUGGAUAUCUUCAGUGGGAUUAGAGCCCCAACAGAGCUAAUGGGCCACAAGAGAUCCCGCUAAUGCUAUUUAUCUCUCACCUUUUUUUUUUUUUUUUUUUUUUUUUUUAAUACAUGAACAUCAUAAGGAUUACGUACACAGAAGCAGCACCUAUGAAUUGUGCAUGAAUAGAUCAUUAAGAGGAUGGCACUCCUAGCCAACGACUAAUUCUGCUAGCCAAUGACAAAUUCUGGUUUGCUAAAUGUCAGUGGGAUUGGGGUGUAAUAUGGGCUUUUACUUAUUGGCAUUAUGAUUAGAUUACCACAAGCCUGCUUAUUGUCUGUUGGGUGUUCACUUGUGUUCUUUUUUCAUACGAAGGAAAGCCAGCAGCACAUUGACAUUAAGGGGGUUACUUAUUAAAGUCCGAAUGCCAAAAACCUGAAAAAUUCUACUUUUUGUACUAUCAAAUCCGAAUUUUAAGUGAAAAAAAAAAAACUCAAAUAUUUUGUGAUUUAUUAUACCCCAAGGAUGGAAAAUGUCAAAAUCUGAGAAUCCGGCAUCUCAGACCUGCUGAGGUUGUAUAUAAGCCAAUGGGAGAAGUCCCAAAGAUCUCCUGAUCUGUGCUGGGUUUUGUGCAAAAAUCUGAAGAUUUUGUGGAAUCUGAGUUUUCGGUCGGAGGAUCCGACAGAAUCUGAGUUUUCGGUCGGAGGAUCCGACAGAAUCUGAGUUUUCGGUCGGAGGAUCCGACAGAAAUUGUACUAUUGAAAUUUUCGUUUGGCUUUCACAAUUUUUUUUUUGUUUUAUCACGCACUCAAAUUUUUCAGGAAAAAACCUGCGUGGAUUUGGUCAGAGUAUAGUUCAAAAACAAAUGAGAGAAAUUCAGAUUUUGAUAAAUAACCCCCUAAUUGUGUCAUGUUAAACCUCACUGAAAACAAUGGCUUUUUAUUUUUCCUCCUUACCCUUUUAUUAUCAUGGCAUUUCAAAUUUGUAACAAAAUGUCAGUUUUCUGCUGAUUCCUGCUGCUAUGAACUGAUUAACUGAGGAGCCUCAGGCACCCAAUGAGGGAGAGAUUGUGUAUCCACCUUUGUUGGAAAGUGCAGUGAUCUUAUCAAUGUCUUUGUUUAGUCCCUUUAGUCUAUUAUGCUUCUGCAAUGGGGUUAAGCUGUGAUAGCACUGAAAUAAAAAUACAUUGACUUUUUCACA